GUUGGUCCACACACACACACACACACACACACCGCGAAGUUUCCCAGGAAAGUUGAGUUGAAGCUUUUGCGCGUUAUUGUUCGAGUUCUCACACACACUCUGCUUGUUGUUGUUGUUGUUGUCGUUGUCGUUGUUGUUGUUGUUGUCGUUGUUGUCGUCAUUAUGCGGUUGAGUUUUGUGGGAGUGUGGUUAUGGCUGUGUGUGUCGGAGUGGACAGAAGUCGCCGGCGCUUUCACCCAGUCUCUGGACAGCGACUUCACCUUUACCCUGCCUCCUGGACACAAGGAGUGUUUCUACCAGACUAUGAAGAAAGAUGCCUCUCUGGAGAUUGAGUAUCAGGUCCUGGACGGAGCAGGACUGGACGUGGAUUUCUACCUGUCCUCUCCCUCGGGUCACAUUCUGGCCUCAGACUUCAGGAAGUCUGACGGAGUUCAUACAGUGGAGACAGAGGAAGGAGACUACAUGUUCUGCUUCGACAACACCUUCAGCGCGGUGUCUGAGAAGAUCAUCUUCUUCGAGCUCAUUCUGGACAACAUGGACGAUGGAGAAGAUCCCGAGAGCUGGAAGGAGUACGUGCAAGGCGCUGAUCUGCUGGACAUGAAGCUGGAAGACAUCAUGGACACGAUAAACAGCGUGAAGGCGAGAUUAGGGAAGAGUCUCCAGAUUCAGACGGUGUUGAAGGCCUUCGAGGCACGCGACCGCAACCUGCAGGAGAGCAACUACGAGCGCGUCAACAUCUGGUCCUUCACCAACAUGGUGGUGAUGGUGGUGGUGUCCUGCGUGCAGGUCUAUCUACUGCGCAGCCUCUUCGACGACAAGAAGAAAACCCGCACGUAACCUCUGCCCAACAUCCGGGACUGAAAAGAGAAAAUGUCUCUCUCCAUCAUCACCCUUCCUCCCGUUCCUCUUCUCCGUCCAGUCGACCCGAACCAAGAACAUACUGGUUUCAUUUCUCAGCCUGUAAAAAUAAGAGACACAGAUCUUAUCUAAGCUGCUACACAAUAAAAAGCACAUGUGAUGUGAUGUAUUUUUAACUUAAAGAAUUAACCGUUUCUUAUCAGGAUCAUUUUAUAGUAACUCAAGAGACACUGGUUAUAUUUCUGCAACAUGACAAAUAUUUCAGUUUUUUUUUUUUCCUUCUCUCCAAAGCGAAAGCUACUGUCGAUCAUCUGCUCCAGACCUUUCGUAAAGCAGCCUCGGUUUUUCCUGUAAGAUACCCAGUGAAAUGUCUGCUGUAGAUUUGGUGUAAGAGGAAGCCUUAUCACAAUAACCGAAAGAAAAACCCAACAUGGCCGUGAUUUAAGACCUAUUGACAACUUUGCGAGGGACAGCUGCCCUUAUGGACCAUGCCAGGGGCUGUAUUUGGCCCAUGAUUCCUAUGAAGUAAAGGGAAAAGGGAUCCUGUGCGUCUAUAAAUCACUACAGAGCAGACGAGCAGAUCGUGUGACCGCUUGUUCCUCAGGCCUCGCUGACCACACUCGCUCUUUCUUGAAAGACAUUUCAGGCUUCGGAAUUGUUACUAUGAGCUGAAGUCAGCCUUGAGCAUCCGGGAUGAGAUAAGUCCAGCGUCUGGACACACAUCCCGAGAGGAGCCGAGAACGACGUGUUCAACUUUAACACAACCUUCUGUGGCGCAUCUACAGAAAAUCUCUUUUCAUUAACCGGAAGAUUAAUAAAUCAGUGCCAAACAUCAUUCUCUGUUUUUGUUUUUUUUCCAGUAAAAUUGAUUUACUUUCCAUCAAACACGCAUCAAAUCAUGCUCCAUCUAAUUUAAAAUAUCCUAAAUGCUAACUUUAAGGGAUAUAUCUUUGAUUUUAUUCUUCUUCUUGUUGUUUUAAGCAUGCACUCUGUCAGCUGUUUAAUAUCUACUGACAUCUGAUGCGUGUAUAAAAUCAUCCUGGCUCAUUAUCAGCAUAUGUGGAACCCUCAGGAAAUCUAAUGUGCAUCUAGAAUAGAAAUUAUCCUUUAAUUUUGUCGAAUACAGUUCAUAUUACAGCUACAGUUCUAGUAAUAAAAAUGCUGAUCUGUAUUAGAGGUGUGCAUGAGAGCAUUUUACACCCCAUGUCAACUCCUGCAGUUAAUAUUAAUGGAUAAACGUCUUGACACGCCCAUCUGCCCCAGUUUUAUUGAGACUCCAGGUCCUGAUGCACACCUCUAGGCUUUAUGACGAGUAAGAGAAAACAUACUGACAGAAAUUCCCUGAUUUGUACUUGUUGAUGUUUCAGUGUUUGCUGUAUACUGCCUGUGCUGUAGCUGAGCUUCUUGUGAGUCUCGGAUCAAAUCAUUAAAAUUUCAGUUUAAAGUUU